AAUGUAUUUAACUGGAGAGAUAGAUGAUUCCGUCACUAAUUAUGUAGUUAAAAUAAGUAUAAAACUAACAUCAAGAAGAAGAUGUUACCACUUAAUAUGCGAAAACCGGAUAACUUUAUUUUACGAAAGUUUUGUAUUUGACUGAUUGUUGUUUUAUGACCUCAGCAAGUAAUUGUUGAUGUAUUUGAUAUCUAUUUCUAAAGUUGUUCUUCCGUAUGGUUUCAGAUUCGUGACAGUUGGAUCCGUGCGUUAUGGGGUACGUCUUGGCGCCGUUUCACCACCGCCGCCGGGAGCGGGGCCGCGCUACCGGUCCCAAUGCUGCUGGCCUUCUACUCCUGGCCCCGUUCCCGUCUCCCGGAUCCCGCUGCUAACGCAGUCACCUAUUAAUAGCCGUGAUAUAUUUAGUUGCGUAAAUAGAGUGAGGAUGGCUGAGGAUGCAUCGUCAGAUCUGGCCGAACAAGCGACAGUGCGCGAUCAACUUUUUAACUCAUCGAAGUCUUUGCUGAAGACACAGCUGAGGCGGCGGGCAUUCGUCCGUUCGCACGUUUACGAUCGUCUUUGCGAGUGCGGCGGAGACGGCGACGCCGGCGCUGCUGCUGACCUUGCGAACAACCUGGACCGUCUUCCUAGAUUCCGCUUCGGCGGUAACCGCGGCACCACCACCAAGACCAGGGAACGUGACAAGCGGGAUAACGAGCUGCGCCUGAAGGAGCUCACAGAUCGCUUGAAGAGGGACCGACCAGUGCCACCGCCCCGCACCAGGUUCAUGCCGCCAAGAAAUCCACACUCCCCCGAAAUUACUACUGCGGCUGCGGCCUCGACGAACACGGCGACCACAACAACGACGCCCUCAUCAACAUCAGCAACGUCGGUGGCCAUCGAUCAAGAGGAAAACGGAAAGCGAAAUGUGCCACACCGGAGUGCCUCAUUCUCGCAAGUAGAUUAUUCGACUCACGACAAAAAGUAUGUCAGGCGACGAGUCCAAGGACCAUCCGAAAACGUCCUCUCGGAUGAUUCUAUCAGCGGCGCUGCUCUGACACUGCCCCGCACCAAAACUUCUACCGCCUCCGCCAACCGCUCCCUUAGUUGCAACGAUCAGUCCGAUGGCGAAUCGAUGAUCAAGCCGACAAUCAACAUCACAGAUGUGAAUAGCAUUUGCGAGAUGAUCUAUCAGGGUUGCAAGGAGCAAAACUGCCCGCAGUCCACCGAUCCUGCACCGGAGUGUGUAGUCAGGAAUUCAGGAGUGAGCCUGGAAAAGGACUCUACAAACGCACAGGAGAAGAAGCGUGAUAAGUCGCGCAGGAGGAAAGGCAUGUACCUGUCACAGUGGCCGAACGCCUAUCAGGCGACCGGGGAAGUGAUAUCUCAGUUUAUAGAGGAUUCGGAGUUCCAGCAACAACCACCAACACAGCCGAUCGUUAUACCGGAGCUGCAAAUAAGCAAUCCGGAGAAGACGGAUAGCGCAUGGACUACACCUCAGGAGUCUUUGAGUCCAGAGGAUGAUGCCCAGACACCUGAUUGGAACCGUCCCGUCCUAUCUGCCCAGAAUUCAGAAGAGAAGAAGUCACUGUUGAUCAGGGCUGACUCGCUGUCGGAAGGCGAACCAGAUCACCGUUCUGAGAUCGCGUUGACAGAUGUAUCCGAUUGCGAAAGUAGGACGAGCGUGGGAAAUGAUAUCCUCAGCCCCCACAUUCCAAGGCGAUACUCGAAGCGUCCUCUCCGCGGACCUUACGGACAGAUGCUCGAGGCCGAAAUGAAGAAGCCUGAGGCCGGAAGGAAAACGCAAUACUCGAAUGAUUUGAAGUUCCUGGAGGAUUUGUCCACAGGAAGCGGCACCUGCAGCAUGGUCUCGUUGUCGUCCAGCAGUUCCGUAGGUGCCGGCGACCCCAAACCAAAGUACGUGACUCGUAGUCGCGGCAAUGCCAAUCAUUCAUUGGACGACACGCAUAUUAAAAACAAUCUAUUGUCCCCAACAAAACCAGUGACUAAAAGAAAAGUGAGCGUGGACUCUCAAGAUGCAGACAACAACGGGAAAUUAGUUGUCAGUCAUCAGAGGACUACGUCCAGCCCAUCGAAGCUAGAAGGAUUCGCUCCAACUGAGGCGUCCAGCGAAUUGCUGGAACAACUCCUUAGAGGCAGCUCCGAACAAUUGGCUGCCGAAGUUAAUCUACAGCGUUUACAUGACACCAGAACCCACGUGGUAGUCGAACUCUACGACACCGAACGAUCUUACGUAGAAUCUCUCCACAUACUGAUCACUAAAUAUCUGGAGCCGUUGAAAAAUCCUGAUAAUGCCGGCUUGCUUGAUGUUGCACUCGUCGACGAAGUAUUCUACCAGAUACCAUCGCUGUUCAUGUACCAUGAUACUUUCUUGGAACAACUCAGAAUGCGACUGGACCAUUGGGAUGCUAAACAGAAAGUCGGCGAUGUUUUGUUGGAAAUGUUCUCCAACCCUUCGCUAAUUGAGACAUACACGAGUUACGUAAAUAAUUGGAAAAGAGCACGUGACGUAUGGAAGAACGCGCAGCAAUCGAAACCGGCGUUUGCUAGGUUCUUAGUGGCGAAAGCCCGUGAGAACAAAGGAAAACUGCCGUUGGACUCUCUGCUCAUCAAACCUAUCCAGAAGUUCCCCAAGUACGAGCUACUCAUCCAGAGGCUUAUCAAGAACACAGAUGAAACCCAUCCCGAUCAUGGACUUCUCACCGCCGCCCAGAAGGAGCUCCACGACCAGGUGGUGAAGAUCAACUGCACCGAACGCGAGGCACUUGAGCUGGAGCAGCUGAGGGAUAUCGAAGGACACAUUGAAGGUCUCAUAGAUCUGGCUUCCCCCGACAGAUCUUACCUGAGACACGAUCUGGUCUCUAUGGCCGUUGGUGGUACUACCCGUAAAGAAAGAGCUUUGUUCCUAUUUUCGGACUUACUUUUAAUCACCAGCAUUAAAAGACGCAGCGGAACGAUUAGGCGACCUGCCACCGGUCAGACUUCCACCAUGUCUGCGUUGGAUGCGACGAACAAAUAUAAACUAAUUAUGAAGAUCUCUUUAGAUGAUCUUGAAAUUCUACGAACUAGGGACGAGAAUCUCAAGCAAGUCAUGGUUGAAAUGGAGAACCUCACCGAAGACAUUGCCGUCAUGAAUCAAAUAAAUGAGCUCACCUGGACGCUUCACUGCAGCCAUGGACCCAUGGAUGAGGUUAUCCGUGACAUGCUUGCUAAUCUCAAUGAACAAUUACUUAAGCAACAAACUAACGACACCCAACUUUCUUGCCUGGAUUUAACAAUAAACGCUGCUAACGGAUCGGAAAAUGUAUCCAUAGUAUUUAAUAGUCCUGAUAAGCGAGCUUCGUGGGAAGAAACUAUAAGUGAAGCGAAACAUAAGCUAGCAAUAUCCGGUGACAGGAGGCCUACACCUGAGCUUGUGGCUACGGUGCCCAUAAGGAAGACAAGAGCGGGACUUCAAUUCACAUGCGCUGCGCCAACGUUGGAUGAUGACAUAAAGGACGUGUGGGUUUGCAAUAGUGAUGGUUACGUUGGCCAGGUGUGCGUGCUAAGCUUACAACCAGAACCUACUGUGACUUCGUGCAACGGUGUCUGUAACGCAAGGAUUUUGUGUAUAUGCAGUGUAGCCGGACUAAACUCUGAGGGCUGCUCCGAGGUGGUUAAGGAACACAAGGAUGCCAAGCAGAAGGAUGAACCAAAAUUGCCAUUCGACAGUGGUUCAUCUGAAGACGAAGAGAAGCAUGAGCAUAUGUCGAAGAUCACAACUGCAAUAGCUCCAGCACCAAAGCCAGCUCCAAAGCCACCGAAACCAGCGAGGACCAUCAACGUUGUUGAUACUUCUGAUACGGUCAUAGAUUAUUGCAUGGAUUCUGAUGAGGGCGAUUGUCUGCAGUGCACCAUGUGGCUCGGAACAGAGGAUGGAUGCAUACACGUGUACAACUCCAGCGAUAACAUACGAAUUAAGAAGAAUAAAAUCAGGAUACAGCAUCAGUCAUCGAUUCUCUGCAUGAUAUACCUAGAUGAUAAGGUGUACGUGUCUCUGGCCAACGGUGAUGUUAUAAUUUAUGAAAGGGAUUGUAAUGGUAGCUGGAAUGUGAAUAUGCCCGUUAUGGUGACUGUUGGUUCAUCCACUAUGCCUGUGACCAGGUUGUUACCCAACAAUGGAAAACUAUGGUGUGCGUGUGGAAAUGUUAUUAAAGUUGUUUGUGAUACAACUCUGGAGCCAAAUCGCCAGUUCACAGUUAACAAUGACGCUAACAAACCAAUCACCUGCAUGGUACUCUCUGGGAAUGGUGUAUGGUUAUCACUACAAAACUCAGCAAUUAUCAAAUGCUAUCACGCUACAUCAAUGGAAUUCCUAAGUGAAGUAAACGUGGCUUCAGCGGUCACCAAGAUGCUCACAAGUUGUGAUGAUAUCAUUCGCCAACAUAAAGCGGCCUGUCUUCGAGUCACAGCUUUGCUAGCGUGCAAAGAUUUGUUAUGGAUUGGUACUUCAGCUGGUGUCUUGCUCACGAUGCCGUUACCACACAUAACCACAACGACGGUUAAGUUAACCAGUAUGCCUCAUGUAGUGGGUCUUCCUCACGGUCACACCGGUCACGUAAGGUUUCUAACAAAUAUUGAAUUAGAUAUGCCUUUAGAGGAUCAGGCUAGAAGCUCGAAAUCCGCUCAAACCACUGCUGCAAGAACUCUGGUCAUUUCUGGUGGCGAUGGUUACGAGGAUUUCAGAAAUUCAAAUAUAUCAGAGGUGGCCGGGCGUGAAGAUUCUACCAACCAUCUCCUGUUGUGGAACAUUUGACCCGCAGAUCGAUGCUCUGGACGUCGCAGUGUUUCGAAACGUGGAGCGAAAUUGAGGGAAAAUAGAAAGAAGAAGAAAAGGAUAACAGGAUAAAGAUCACAUAUAACAGCAGCAGCGUAAUAAAUGUUAUAUUUCCUUCAUUUGGUGUCUACAUAACUCUUUUUGAUGUUAAUUUCUCCGCAUUUUUCUCUCUUUGGAUUGUCUCUUAAGUGCUUAGCAUUAUAGUAUAAACAGUGAUCGAAUGCGUACGCAUUCGAUCACUGUCUAUAAUCUCAUUGUUGAACCUAUCAAGUGAAUUUAACAAACCGGAGACAACGGACUCCCUUUUUUUCGCAGUAUUAUCUGUAUAAAAGAGAAUUCUGUUAUAUAUCAGAUCUGAUCUUGAAAGGCCAAGUUUAGUUGCGUUAUAUUUAUUUAUAUUCAAUCAUUCUCAUCUUUUUUUUUUAUUUUACUUUAUUAUUAUUUUUUUUUUGUUUACGUUUUGACAAUGAUGUGUGAUAGUAAUUUUAGGGUUUCCAGAUAACUUAAAUUCCUUUACUUAACAAAUCUGCGUAAUAAACUCGUGAUCUGCUCUCGGCCUGAAGUUACUUUAAUUUUUAAUAAAAAAAAAACAUAUUUAUUCCACUUACACACAGAUAUACGUACACACACAAACACAGAACAUAAUAUAUACAAACACACACCUAAACACACAUGAUAAUCAAAAGUGAAUCUCCUUUAAGCGAUUUUAAGCGAAGUUAUUUUUUUAUAAUGUCUU